CGGCUGUGUGUGUGUGUGUGUGCAAAAUCUAACUUUAGGUGGGAGAGGAUUCUGUGUCUGUUCUCUGAAGGCGAUGUGGGAACUUGUGGUAGUGAGGUUCUGCAUGGUUUCCUUUGUGGAAGACGAGUGUUUUAUUGACUUGGCGGCCGGGCAGAGGAGAGGUGUCCAAUCCAGGAAUUACCCGCUCUGUGUAAAUUGGCGCGGAACCGGCUGGGACAUCAAAUGACUUUAAAAAUGCGAAAGGCAAACUUUUCAGACUUCACUGCUAAUCUAAUUAUUGAAAAAUAUAGGGGGUAUGAUACAAAGGAUUUGCACCUGGGAAGAGGAUGUCGAGGCGCAGUGACCGUUUGCAGGCCAGGCACGCUAAAGUAGAGGGACAGAAGGAUGAACCCGUCCAGGCGAAGAGGAGGAAACCUGAAGAAUGUAGGCAGCGUUACCAUGAAACAGAAGUUAACCGGAGGAGGCGACAAUUCCAGAUACAGAAUUGCUGGGCACCCAUUGCCCCUGGAGGAGUUAGUCCUUGCAUCCUCAUCCCUACCCCGCACAAAGAGAAUGAUAUCACCGAUGACUUCUCCAAAUUCACGCAAUAUAGGUUUAAAAAUUUAUUCCUAAACAAAUCGCCACUACCGCCUCUGGGCUGGGGAAACUCUGAGGAUGUGUGGUCGAACAUGCUGAAGAAGGAAAUAAAGUAUACCCACAGUAAAAAUGUUCUCUCUUUGCACCCGUCCCUGCAGCCAAAAAUGAGAGCAAUUUUACUGGACUGGCUAAUAGAGGUCUGUGAUGUUUACAUGCUCCACAGAGAAACAUUUUACCUGGCUCAGGACUUUUUUGAUCGGUUCAUGUUUACUCAGGAAAACGUUCAUAAAAGCAAGCUGCAGCUCAUUGGUAUCUCCUCGCUCUUCAUUGCUGCAAAGCUGGAGGAAAUCUAUCCACCGAAAUUGAAUGAAUUUGCAUACGUUACAGAUGGAGCAUGCACAGAAACUGAGAUACUUGAUAUGGAGUUAAUUAUUUUAAAGGCUUUAAAUUGGGAGCUGUGUCCAGUGACUGUCGUUUGCUGGUUGAACCUCUACCUUCAAAUUGUCUUUUUAAAAGAAAUACCCAACGUGUCCCUGCCUCAGUAUUCUCAAGACACCUUUAUACGGAUUGCUCAGCUUUUAGAUCUGUGUAUCCUUGAUGUCGAGAGUUUAAGUUUCCCGUACGGGGUGUUGACUGUUGCUGCUAUGUGCUAUUACCUACCCAUGGAGGAUACUUUUAAAGCUUCAGGACUGCAAUGGGAGAACAUUUCUGUGUGUUUUAACUGGAUGGCCCCUUUCGCAAAGGUAGUGAAUGAAGGGGAUCCAGUAAAAUUGAGAGAUUUCAAGCACGUGGCAAAUGAGGACCGACACAACAUCCAGACACAUACAAAGUAUCUGGAUAUGCUUGAUGAGGUGCAUAUCAGGAAAACAGAGUGUACGGCAAGGCUAUCACCUGCCUCCAUAGGAGGGAUUUUGACUCCACCUAAAAGCACUGAAAAACCAUCAUCCAGUUCCUCAUACUAAGUGGAUGAAUUUGAUGUAACAGAAUAAAUGGAAAAUCCAGACAACUAUGGAAUAAACAGCAGGGGCUGUACGACUGCCAUGAGAUGCAGCUGGAAACUCUUACCAGAGUUAAUUUUAGGAAAAAAAAAUCAAUGCAUCAUCGAAUGUUUUUGGAUUUGUUUUAAAGAGUGGGCAAGCUGGGAGCUGGCUCCAGAACAACCUUUCACUUCUACUGAAGAGACCACUGUGUUGGGACUAUUUUGGGGAAGGGAAAAGUGUACUUUUUAACAAAAUCCAGAGACUAUGACUGCACAUUUUUUAAGAAAGGCAGCUUGUGCCAUCCCUUUAAAUGGUUUUAUUCAGAAAGAAGUGUGCAUGCAUUGUGAUUUAAUUCUCUUUGAGUGGGAAGACCAGUAAAGCUGUGAUUUCAUCACAAAAUACUCACAAAAGCAGAGCCAUUGCUUGAAUUACUUACAGUAGAAAAUUGCACAAACACAACUGUGAAAUUGUGCACUGUGGCUGAGAACUUUAUCAAGGGAUCUCAUUGCCCUUUUAAGUUUACAACAGGGAGGUGGUGAAUCACAGUGGAGAUUUUGACAGUUUAUGCUUUCACUGUGAAAGAUUUUAAACUCCAUUUACAAAAGUAGACCAACCUUAAGUAGAUCUAUUGAUUGUGUAAAUCAUUGAAGGUGGCAGUUAUGUUUGAAUUUUGUGUAUGCUAGCACUGUCUUUAAGAAUUGUACAAUGUAAGAGUCUUUAAGAAUUGUACAAUGUAAAAGUCUUUAAAGUACAGGGCUAUGGUAUUGGGACCUGUACUGGUGCUGUUCUCAGGGUUGUGAAAUCCUGGAUCUGUAACUAAGCAGCUGAUCAAAUGAAUAAGUGUUCU